AUGAGUUCCCAACCUCUGUCACCAAACAAUUUCAGGGAUCUCUUCGAUUCCGUGGAAGCUUUUCUCUUCGACUGCGAUGGUGUGAUUUGGAAGGGCGAUGAACUCAUCCAUGGAGUUCCCGAAACUCUGCAGAUGCUUCGCUCCAAGGGCAAGAAGCUCGUCUUCGUCACCAACAAUUCCUGGAAGUCGCGGUCUCAAUACGCGCAAAAGUUCCAAUCCUUAGGAAUUUCUGUUUCGCAGGACGAGAUAUUCUCCUCGUCCUUUGCGGCUGCCAUGUACUUGAAAGUCAACGAAUUCCCUUCACAAAACAAGGUUUAUGUAAUUGGUGGGGAGGGUAUACUGGAGGAGUUGCGGCUUGCUGGCAUUACAGCUUUUGGUGGUCCAGAUGAUGCAAAUAAAACAAUAGACCUGAAGCAGAACUGGUUUGUUGAACAUGAUAAGAGUGUUGGAGCUGUAGUGGUCGCCCAAAUCUUGAUCCCACUUGAUGAUCCUGUCCUUAACAUCAAUAAAGUUGCUGGUUACCUACAAAGACACUUUAUAGAGGGCAUAGUAGACAAAGGAGUUAACGAAGGAGUUGCAGUUGUUUCAUAUUAUGAUAUUUCAAUGUCCUCCAAUAGGUACGGAACUCUAUGCAUACGAGAAAAUCCAGGAUGCCUCUUCAUUGCCACCAACCGCGAUGCAGUUGGACAUAUGACAGCUUUGCAAGAAUGGCCUGGUGCGGGUUGUAUGGUUGCUGCUAUAUGUGGAUCAACCCAGAAGGAGCCUGUUGUGGUCGGGAAACCGUCAACCUUUAUGAUGGAGUUUUUACUCAAGAAAUUCAACGUAAGUUGCUCCAAGAUGUGCAUGGUGGGUGAUAGACUAGAUACUGAUAUAUUAUUUGGACAAAAUGCCGGUUGCAAAACACUUCUAGUUCUCUCAGUACUUGAUUUAAGUUUUUUUUACCAGUUUGGAUCUUCUGUUGCAAAAUUGUUUGGCUUAUCCAUCCACAAUCUCAGUAGUUUAAGCAGCACUAGGAGAGUACACAAAUUUUCAGGACUGCCUGACCUUUCGUAUGCACAGGACAUGAAAAAGGAUGAAAGAGAGAGGGUUGGGUCUGUGAACAUCCCUUGA